CUUUUUUUUACAAGUAAAAAAAGUAAAAUUAAAAUUUUAAUGUACCUAUGUACAGUAAGAAUAACAAUCUAUAAUUUAUUUUAGAAUUUGCAGAAUGGAAAACCUCAAUGGAAGAGCAAUACCAGUGCAAUUAUGUUAUUUCAGCAAAAAGGAAUAAGGGUGAAAAUACUGAAAUUAUUUAUUAUAAAUGCAACCGAAGCAAUAUUAACAAGGUAACAAUUAAAGAGCAUCGACAAAGAAAUUUAAAAAGUCAGGGUACUUGUAAAUUAAACUUUACAUGUACCAGCCAAAUUAAAGUUGUAUAUAAGUCAAAUAAAUGUAGUAUACAUUGGAUUAAAACACAUUAUAACCAUAAGACGGAGUUAGAGCAUAUUAGACUUUCAAGCAGAAUGAAAAAUGAAAUUGCUGCAAAGCUAGUUAGUGGUUUAUCUGAUCAAAGGGUCUUGGAAAUAAAUCGAGAUAAGAUUGGAGAACAUCUCAAACGUAUUGACCUAUUAACUUCUAAAGAUGUGGACAACAUUAAAGUCAAGUAUAAUAUAGAAGCCAAAUAUGGGAAGAGGCAUCCAAAUGACGCGCUUUCGGUAAAUCUCUGGGUAAGAGAAUGUCAGUCUAAGCCGCCCCAUGAAAAUAUGGUGUUGUUUUAUAAGAAGCAAGGUGAAGAUUCUGAAGAUUUCAGAAAAAUGGACUUUUGUUUAAUUAUAAUGAAUUCUUUUCAAGAAUUAAUGGUUAAAAAAUUUGGUAACAAUGUCAUUGCAGUUGAUAGCACACAUGGUUUAAAUGACUAUGAUUUUGAAAUGUCUACUCUAAUGAUUAUUGAUGAUUUUGGGGAAGGUGUGCCGGUUGCUUUCAUGUUCUCGAACAGAAAAGACACUUAUGUGUAUCAUGUCUUUUUUAAAACUAUUAUGACCAGGAUUGGUAAAAUAAAUGCUAGAACAUUCAUGUCCGAUUUAGCAGAGUCUCUUUAUAAAGCCUGGUGUAGUAUAAUGGGACAAGUAAGAUAUCAUUUGUUCUACUCAUGGCAUGUUGAUAGAGCAUGGCAAACAAAUUUGAGCAAAAUUAGGUCCAAGGAUAAAAGAUCAGAAAUAUACCAGAUAUUGAAAGUACUGCAAUCAGAAAUAGAUGAGGUAGAAUUUGAGAAAAAAUUGGUUUCGGCAAUAAAUAUUAUGUUGGAUGAUGAUGAUACAAAAAUCUUUGGAUCUUACUUUCAGUUAAAUUAUUUAAAAAACACUAAACAGUGGGCAUAUUGCUUUAGAAAAUCAACAGGAAUUAACACAAAUAUGAGACUUGAAUCUAUGCAUAAAGUAAUCAAGUAUUUCUAUUUAAAUCAUAAAAAAAUUAGAAGGCUUGAUAAAGGGUUACAUGCAGUUUUGCGGUAUAUUAAAAAUAAAAAUGUGGAGAGAAUUAUAAAGUUGACUAAAGGAAAAAAUACUAUUUACAAUAGGGACAUUUUUAAAAGACAUAAACUAGCAUUUCAAAGUACUUUUAACUACACUGUUAACAAUAAUAAUGUUUUCCAGUAAUAAGGACCAAAAAUAUCUGAUUUUAAAACAUUCAAACUUAAGUUGUUGCAAAUUAACUUGUUCUUUUUGCAAAAUUUGCGUACAUAUUUACUCCUGUGAUUGUAUAGAUUUUUCUGGCAAACUGACUAUAUGUAAGCAUAUCCAUUUUAUUAGAAACUUUGUUGAUUGCAUCCAGUCAGAUGACAAUGAAAGUAAAAUAAGUGAUAACAAUAGUUUGUCUUCAGAUUUGUAUUUUAAAAAUGUGGAUUAUGUAGAUGAAAGAGACAUUACUGCUAAAUUAGUAAGUGCAGUAAAUAAUAUUGAUUUGGAAGCAAGCAUUAAUAAUACCUUUAUUAAAUUACAAAAUGUAAAUUUAAACAAUUUAGAUGAUAAUAUUGCUUCAAAAAUUCACAGCCACUUAAAUACUAUACAGGGUUUAAUUGAGUUAAGUAACACCAACCCUGAAUUAGAAACUUUUCAAAGCAAGGGUAACACUUUUGAGGCGUCAAAUAAGAAUAUUGAGCACCAAUUGCGAUUUUGUUCCACCAAA